GCACGCGUGCCGUGGCUGGGAGCCAUCGCAAGAUCUCCGACUUGGCAUCGCACUGCGCGCCGACGGCGGAGCAGAGCUCGGGCCCAUAUCCACCGCUGCAGGCGCGCUGGGACACGGCCUUCGUGCAGGAGCCUACGUCUCCUUGCUGGACAUCACAGCUUCCCGGCUUACAGGGAGCUCAUGGGUUGGAGCGGCCAGGAACGGGCUCCAUGGAAAGCCGAACAGAAGAGCAAGAGCGGCCCAAGAGGAGGAGGAGAUCAAAGAGCCAAAGGAGGAAGAUCCACAUGGCAGCAUGGACAAUCGUCGCAAUGGCGGUGGCCUGCUGGGCAGAGGAGCCAAGCGAGAGAGGAAGUCGGUGGAGGAGAAAGAGGCAGCGGAAAAGGCCUGGAGGAAGUUCCAGGAAGAAAUGCAGGCCACCUUUGUCAAAGAACGGGCAAACUAUCGCCGGGACGUCGAGAGGAUCGAGCAGGACAUGCGGGACAACCAGGAUGCGCAGAUCGUGGCUUUCAAAGCCUUGCAGGAGGCCAUCGCGAACCCCGACAAGUUCCUGCAGGAAGAGGACGAGCCCAUGGAGGAUGGCGAGGGUGUCUCGGAGUGGAACGACCUGCUGAGGGCUUGCGAGGAGACUUCGGACGAGACCCUAGCACAGUCCCUUGCUGCCUCGAUGAAAACCCGGCUCCAUGCUAUGAUGGCAGCGGCUCCGGUUACUCCGCAGAGGCCGCGCACCACCAUGGGAACCCCGAGAACGCCUCCCCCGACGAAGGCCCCCUCCAGAACUACGUCAGCGCCCAUGUUGGAGGCUAUGCUUGCAGAGGCGACCAAGACAGGCGGGAGCCCUCCCGUAGCGGAGGAGCCGACGGCAUUGAACGACCCCUACCCGCCGCCGGAGGAUGCGGCGGCCACGCCUCCGUCCACAGGGAGAGCCAGGAUGCAGCGUAUGCCUUUGAAGACAAUUGGAAGGGCGCCCCUGCCGAGACCUGCUCCGGGGAGUAUGCUGGCGAAGAAGUUGGAGGCGAAGCGACAUGUUGCCACAGAAAGCCUAGACCUCUCGGACGAGGAGGUGAUGGUGGCGAGCUUGGGAGCCCAGGCCGAUGCGGACUCCGUUGUCGAGUACUAUGACAUCAUGGAUGUGAUGAACAAUUUUUGGACCUCCCUUGAUGAGGUGUUCCAUGUGGAGACCUGGAGCGUGGAUGCAACCAGGUACUAUGACAUCAUAGAUGUGACGGACAGUGUUUGGACCUUCCUUGGUGAUGCGUUCCUUGGGUUUGCAGCGGAGACUGCACCCUUUUGGGCCGGAUGCCUGGCAACCUUACAGGUUAUUUGCUUCUUCAUCUUGGGAGGCACCCUUGUGUGGCAGGGGAUUUGGAAGCGCCCUUUCGCGGGCACUCAGUCUGGGCGUGGGCGUGCCAGCUGGGUAUGGCCCUUGUUGGCCUUUGCGGUCUUCCAGCAGCAAGCUGGAGCGGUCCCAGUGAGGGGCCAGGGCACGAGCCGGAGCAUCCCAGGUUCUUCCGAGAUCGAGCUUUGGAGCUCUGGCCUUAUGACUAUGAGGGAGCAGCUAGCGGCAGCGGAGCAGCGAACCGUGUUGGAUGCUCCUCUGCAUAGUGGAGGAGUGCUUCCAAGCAGGGUGCAUGCAGAUGGUCCGCCUACAGUUGAGCCGCAGCCUCCUCCAGACGUCCAUGACGUGACCCAUCACAUCUCCUUUAGGCUGCUCUCGCCGGCUUUUGAGAGUGAGUCCCUGGACCUCGCCAUGGAGUUCCCGUUGAACGAAGAAAGGCUUCUGGAGUUUAUCCUGGAGUCGGCCUAUGUCUUGGACAGGGAAUGGAUGGAUGAGGCAGUGUUUACGGAGCAGCAGAUCCAUGAGGAUUUCGGGACAGUGCUCAUCUUGCCUAGAUGGCUGGAUGGAUCGGAGCGGAUCGUCAUUCUCAUUGAUGGCACCGCCGUGGGAGGUGGACUGUUUGCCACAUACUUUGAGGGACCAGUGACGCGCUUUGCAAUCCUCCGACGUGCGGAAUGCAUUGAUGAGGAUGUCGACAUCUUUCCCUUUGGAGCCCUUCAUCCGUUGUUAGGGGACAACCAUGUCCCAGGCCAGCACUGCGGAGUGGUGAAGUUGCUUCAGAGGGGGGCGGUGGUUGAUUGGCCGUCGCCCAUCCGGGAUCGCUUUAUGGAUCCGGACAGAUGGCGACCUAGCACAGACCACCCACCGCAUGCGGAUGGCAAGUACAUUGGCUUCCAAAGUGAAUUGGAGCAGCAUCUUCACCUCAUCAACAGGCAGGGAGAAAGGGACCCGAUUGAGGUGGCUAGUGCGGCUUUCGAUCGGCCGGCGAGUUCCUUCUGGCUGCGAGCACCCACCCAAAGGCCGCACAGGCUUUAUUGGAAUGGAAAACGUCUUCACUCCAUCAUAGCUGUGGUGCCGAGCUCUACCUACCCGCGCGGCACCUUCAAGUUUGUCAUGGUCGACAUGCGCGGCAUUGGUGGUUGGGUGCAGUGGGUGGCGGUGCGAGGACACUCCUUUGAUGUCGGAGCGUACUUGGAGGACAUCCAAGUUGAAUACAUCCAGGGGUACUCCCUUGUUGUACAGGGAGGCACCCGCAGCAGCAGCCCCACCACUUUGCGGGUCGAGGGGACACAGAUGAUGAUUCAUCAAGCUCGCCUCGUGAUCCCCUACCUGGCUCUUCUGAAUUUUCAAGUGGAAGCCCACCAAGGGGGCCAGGGCCAUUUGGUCCUCCUCGCCCCGAGCCAGUACGACGUGGGAGGUCGAGGAGAUGUUGUGGUAAAGGAGGUCAGCCUUUACGAACACCUCGGCCCACCGACGUAUGACAUGAAUGCCGUGACGGUGGAUCUUCCUCAUGGAGAGGAAAAUCUUCGGGAGCUACUCCGCCCUUGGGCUCCAGAUUGGCUUAAUUUUGACUUGGGCGAGACAAGUUGGCAGCCCAGUACGGUGGAGGCCUUUCACCAGCUCACCCACUGGAGCGACUUGCUGAAUGCGCUGAAGCCGGGGGAAAAGCCGACGGCCCACAUCUACACAGAUGGAUCGUGGAACAGUGCUAAGCAGGUGGGUGGCUACGCCGUGGCGAUACUCCUAUGCACCUCCACGGCCACGGCCUUGUUUGGGGUUCUGGGAGAUCAAGUGCAAGGAAACGCGCCACCUGCAUUGCAGAACGAACAGAUAGCUUUGGCUGUCUCUCUGCUUUGGCUGCUGCAGGGUGCUGGCUUUCUUCAGCUGGGAGGAGCCCAUGUACAUUUCGACUGUGUGACGGCGGGGUGGGCAACUACGGGUGCAUGGGCUGCUCCCAACCGCUUUGCCCAGCAGACCCAUGCAUUGGAGUUGCUGCUGCAGGAGAUCUAUGCACCUCCACCGGUUUUCCACCAUGUGGCUGCGCACGUCGGACAUCCUUACAAUGAAUUCGUGGACGUGCUGGCGAAGAGAGUUUCUGAAGGCGUCCUGAGUCUUCCUAGACCGCCGGAAGCGGUCUGCCGCAUCUUUCAGGACACGGAUUGGUCAUUGGCUGCAGUGGCUGUCAGCAACCUCAGGGAGCCCUCCCUCCCCUUCUUCAGAAACUGCUUACAGUGGAACCCAGAACAGCCGAGAGCCUCAGCCACGCUGAGGAAAGAUCAGCUAGUGCCGACUAAACCAGAGUCAGGGGUGCCAGAAGGCAAGAAGGGUGAAGUCAGGCUGCGGGCAUUUACGCUCAAUGCGCAGAGCCUCACCGGCAAGCAUCGAUUCUACGAGGAGCAACUGGAUGAGCUGCAGGUCAAUGUGGCCUUUUUCCAGCAAGCCAAGGGCCAAGCCGGGGUGGUCAAGAGUGCCUCCUUCUUGCGUCUGUCCACCGCGGGGCAGAGGCAUUGGGGGACAGCCAUCUGGCUGAGCAGGCAGCGUGGAAUCUUUCUGCUGGAUGGCGGACCUUGCGUCGUGGAGGAAUCCAAUGUCCGGGUGGUGCACGAGUCGCCGAGGUUGCUCAUUGUGGUUGUUGACGUCCAGGGCUGGAAUGUGGUCCUCCUUGCUGGCCAUUGUCCUCAUGCCGGUCGGCCAGCGGAGGCAGAGAGCUUUGUGGCUACCCAUGUGACUGGUGAUCUCCCUUAUGGCGAUCCCGACAAGAAUGGUGAAUUGGCUUUGGGGUUGGCGAGGGCGGUUCAGCUUUGGUUCCCCUCUACCUUCCGUAGACUCCACGUGGGCGAAAGUGCUACUUAUCGCCAGGCCAAUGGAGCUGACCAUCGGAUAGAUUAUAUUGUCUUAGGUGGGGCGGCUGAAACUUUUGGUCUCAGAAGCUGGGUGGAGCACCUCUUUGACACAAUGAACGCCAACGAUGACCAUUAUCCGGUCUGCCUGGAUGUUAAGGGUCUACUACCUGGAGGAGGUCGAGGAGAAGGUAGUGGAAGGGUCUGGAGGCCAGCCUACGACACGGAAAAGAUCCUGACGAUUGCGGGCAAACGGCUCUUGAAUGAGGCGCUCCAGAGCUACCAGCAGCCGCGUUGGGAGGUGCACCCCGGUGACCACUGUCAACACCUGCAAGACUUCCUCCAUGCUACCAUGGAGCGCCUUUUCAACAAGGCCAGCCAUGGGCCACGAGCCCAAUACAUCUCCGAGGAGACUUGGAGAAUCCGUGAGAGGAAACUGUGGCUCAAGUCUUGUUCAAGAGGAAGAUCGAAGUUGUGGUCUGAUCUGGUGGUGAGAGCUUUCUGGCAAUGGCGAUGUCAGGAAGACUAUGAAGUCGAGGCCUUGGUUGGCCGCCAUGGGCUGCUCUACGAAGUGGUCUCUGCGGCUGUGCGUUUUGCCACCAUGCGGAUCAAGAAGAACAUCUACAAGGAGAAGGCGGACUUCCUCAAGGGGCUCGCGACUACUGUGGGCGACAAAGCGGGGGACAUCUUGAAGACCGCUAAGAAGCUGGGGCUCGGGGGCAAGUCCGCCAAGGAGUUUGUCAGGCCCUUGCCCAUCCUCCUGGAUGAGAACGGAAAGGCUACGGAAACGUGGAAGGACCGGGACAAAGUGUGGCAACAACACUUUGGCAAGCAGGAGUUUGGAGCGGUUGUGCCCAUUGCUGACCUUCUGGCGCGUGAUACCCGGCUGCCCAAUGUAGAUGAUGACUUGACGUGGUCUGUCCACGACCUUCCUUCCUUCUUUGAGGUGGAAGAUGUUUUUCGAUCCACAAGCCGACGCAAAGCACCCGGGCUUGACGGCAUACCGCCUGAAAUAUUGGCUGUGUCGCCGACAAGGAUGGCCAAGUUGGCACAUCCCUUGAUGGUCAAAGCGGCCGCCUUCUUCCAUCAGCCCUUGCAAUGGAGGGGGGGGCUGCUCCAUGAGAUGUGGAAAAGGAGUGGCUCGCAGGCUUCGCCGGAUUCCUACCGCCCCAUUUUUAUUUCCUCUCAUUUGGGGAAGAGCUACCAUCGACUCCUCAGAAAUCGAGCUAUGCCUUAUGCAGCCAGGGCUUUGCAUAUAUAG